GAAAAAGCAGAGCAAGAAAUAAACUUCAAAGAAGAGGAAAAGAAGGCUAAGGCUGGAGACUCAAAAGCCCAGGCUGUGACACACUGAUUCCUGGUGCAGUUAAUGGGAUCAUGUUGCAGUCUUGCUGAAUCAUUUUGCUGUGUUGAGAGACUUGCUGGGUUUGUAAAAAGAAAAAAUAUUGUAGUUACCCAAAUCCAUAAUAUGUUACAGAAGCUAGACCAGCAGCGAGCUCUAUCUGACCCAGAAAUAUACAGAUUGUGAGACUUGUUUUGGCGUUGGCAUUUGGACUCUGGUCUUUCUAGAAGAAAUUUUUGGCUACAAGACAUUACUCAUCUGCCAAGGCUGAACAAGUGUAUUUGCUUCAGACAGUGACUGUAAUGGCUACUUCAGCAGAUACGACUUGUUAACUGUGUGCUUUAACAAAAGUGAUUCAAAUGAUAGAAUUGCUCCUGUCUGGUUUAUUCCUGUAUUAAAGUGUGUAAAUGCUGUGUCAGAAAUAGUUAGAGCCAGACAAAGAGAAAAUUGCUGCUGUUAUAUCUUAAAUGCAUAUUACUGAUUGCUAUAUUUCCUUCAUGUUACAGAAGAUUGCUAUUUAGGGAAAGAAAACUUAUUUUCUAAAAUGUGGUUUGCUAUAAGGCAGUAGUGCCUACUUGAGCAACCAGUAAACAUUUUGUUAACCCUCUGUCAACUUGUGAAGCCUAAUAGCUGCUGUAGCUAAAACACAUACCAAAAUAAAAUACCAGCAAUAAUACCACAACAUCUAUUUUCUUAUUACACAAUAUAGAACAAAGCAUGUAAACAUUUUGUAAUAUGAAUGUCUGGAUGUAUUUCUACAUUCUCUACAGUAAGUACUGCUGUAAACCAAAGAAACAAGAAAUACUUCCUCUGUUUGUAUACUGUUUGGAAAAAGCACUGUGAUUUUUCUCAUAUGUAUUUUUUUCGAAAUAUCAGUGUACUGAAAAAGAAGUAGGAAACCCUAGUGGUUUGAACUAAAGAUUAGGAGCUAGGAGAUCAUUUGUUCCAUUCCCAGUCCUGAUCAUUCUCUGUCACAUUUCAACUGACAAAGCCAAGGGAUAACCACAAGGACUGUUUCGGUCCAGGACUUUGUUCAAACCAAACUCUAGAUUGGCUUAUUUACCUAUUAAACCUUCAUCCUGGUUCUAAAGCUGUUCAUUACUCAACCAAAUGAAUUGGGUCUAGUCUGAAUAAUAGAACAAGCAGGAAAUAUUUGUUGUUUUUGUUUUAUUCAUGCAAAAAAUGUACAAGGUAGGUACACCAGAGGGCUUGUGUGAGGUUUACCAGGUGUUUCUUCUAUUCAUCUCGUGCAAGUUUCAGAGGGUGUGUUAUAGUGUGCUGCUGUAUGCAUCCAGAGUAGUCAGCUCCUGCUUUUUGUAUGUUUCUAUUUUGUUUUUAUUGUCACAGGUUGGCAAGUAUUACUUGCAGUUAGCCGAGCAGCAGGAUGAAGAGUUGAACAAUUGCAAUGCAGUGAGCUGGCUGCUUCUAGCAGCAAAGCAAGGCCGGAGAGAGGCUGUUAAACUGUUAAGAAGAUGCUUUGUGGAAAGAAAAGGCAUCACCACAGAGAAUGAAGAGGAAGUAAAGAAGCUGUGUUCAGAGUCUGAGUUUGAACGCACUGUGAGGAAAGCAGCACUGGUCAUGUACUGGAGAUUGAACCCCCAGAGGAAGAAGAAGGUAGCAGUGUGUGAAAUGCUGGAAAACGUUGAGCAAGUCAAUGUUGAUGACGGUGUCGAUGGAGCCCCUAAACCGGGACCACUACCUGCAUCUCUGCAGAAGCAGAGACGAGUCCUGGAGUGGCUUGUUAGUAGUGAACCUAACAAGUAUGUUGCUGUAGAUGAUUUUGUUGAAAUUACAAAAAAAUAUGCAAAGGGCAUUAUCUCAACAAACCUAUUCACAAGCAGCGAUGACGAAGACGAUGAACUUGCAGGGAGGAGUCCUGAAGACCUGCCCCUAAGGCAGAAGAUUGUAAAAUAUCCACUUCAUGCCAUAAUGGAGGUGAAAGAGCAUCUUAUUGACAUAGCUUCCAAGGCUGGCAUGCACUGGCUGAGUACCAUCAUCCCCACCCAUCACAUCAAUGCUCUCAUUUUCUUUUUGAUCAUCAGCAAUUUAACCAUCGACUUUUUUGCCUUUGUUAUCCCUCUGGUCAUCUUCUACCUGUCCUUUAUUUCCAUGCUAAUCUGCACUCUAAAGGUCUUCCAGAACAGCAAGGCCUGGGAUAACUUUAGAACUCUGACCGAUUUACUGAUCCGUUUCGAACCCAACCUCGAUGUUGAGCAGGCUGAGACCAACUUCGGCUGGAACCAUUUGGAACCAUACUUCCAUUUCAUGCUUUCGGUCUUCUUUGUGAUAUUUUCUUUCCCCAUUGCCAGCAAAGAAUGGAUCCCGUGCUCUGAGCUUGCCACCAUCGCUGUCUUUUUCACACUUGCGAGUUAUAUGAGUUUGAGCUCUUUCGUGGAAACCUACACGAGAAGAGCUAUACUGAUAGAAGUGGCCUCCUCUUUAUGUGCCAUGAUGAGUGAUCUUCCAGAAAGCUGGGCUUUCCUCCGGUUCUUUGGAAAAACCUUUGUCACCAUUCCUUUGGGCAGUUUCAUUAUUCUAAACCUGAGCAUUCCAUGCUUGCUUUACAUGUACCUCUUCUACCUGUUCUUCAGAAUGGCCCAGCUAAGGCAAUUUAAAGGCACCUAUUGUUUCCUGGUUCCCUAUAUGGUGUGCUUCAUGUGGUGUGAGUUUUCUGUGGUGUUGCUGCAGAAUUCUACCGGCAUUGGCCUCAUCCGCACCUCCGUUGGGUAUUUCCUCCUCUUGUUCGCAUUGCCGAUCCUAACUCUGGGGAUUGCCACCAUGUUCGUUAUCCAGUUUAUUAAAUGGUUUAUCUCUCUGGAGUUUAUCAAGAUCAUUGUGACCUUGGCUGUGUGUGCCAUUCCCAUUUUCCUCCGCCUGUGGACGAAGACCAGCAUUUCCGUGGUAGACAUGGUCAAAUCCCUGACCAGAAGCUCCAUUGUUAAACUUAUUCUGGUGUGGAUCUCUGCUAUCAUGCUGUUCUGUUGGAUCUACGUGUACCGGUCUGAAGGGAUGAAGGUAUACAACUCCACCUUGACCUGGCAGCAGUACGGUUUCCUGUGUGGGCCACGUGCUUGGAAGGACACCAACAUGGCACGUACUCAGAUCCUGUGCAGCCAUAUGGAGGGUCACAGAGUUACCUGGACUGGGAGGUUUAAGUAUGUGCGAGUUACAGAGAUCGAGAACAGUGCAGAGUCUGCCAUCAACCUGCUACCCCUGAUCAUUGGAGAUUGGAUGAGAUGCUUGUACGGUGAAAUCUAUCCAACGUGUGACCCCCAGAAUGUCACACUAGAGGAGGAUGAGCUCUGUCGACUCAAGUUCCUUACAAAACACGAGUGCCACCUCAAAAGAUUUGAUCGCUACAAAUUUGAAAUAACUGUGGGCAUGCCCUAUAAAAAUAAGACUGUGGAGGAGGACGACGCCACCAAAGAUAUAGUCCUGAAGGCCAGCAACGAGUUCAAGAGAGUGCUGCUGACUCUGGGACAAGGGAGCCUUGUGGAGUUCAGCACUAUCCUCGAGGGACGGCUUGGCAGUAAAUGGCCAGUGUUUGAACUCAAAGCCAUCCGCUGCUUGAACUGCAUGUCCACACUGGUUCCAGUUGGCAGGCAGUUCAAAAUAGAGUACGACUGGAGGAGCACAGUGAAGAUUGCAUUCAAAUUUGCGUUUGAUUUCUUCUUUGAUCCUUUCUUAUCUGCAAAAGCAUAGUGUAAUGGUAAUGUGUGCAGAUUAAGGUACUACACCUAUAUAUUUCAAACUACUUUUAUAUAGAAGUAUGGUGUGGUUUUGCAACUUUGCAUGGAAUUCAUACUUUGCUGCUUAUAGUUUACAAGCUGGCAGUGUUAACAGUGUCUAGUGUGGGACAUCAGAUUGUUAAAGUAUUUCUCGGUUGCUGUAUUUGGAGUCAAGCUAUGGUCGAGAUAAAUUCAGAGAAUAAUGGGAGAGCACGUUCUUUAAAAAUAUUUUAAAUACACACUAUAUUACUCACAUUUGUUCUAGCUUUGAAACAGCACUUAUAAAGAGACACUCUUUAGUUUAAUUACUUUUUUCUACCAGUGAUGUGAAAGGGUUUACCAUGUAGUGCUGCAAAACUGUAUUUAAUGUCAUUAUCACAUGCAUUAUAUACUGAUAUUUUAGUGCAGGAUAUAAGCAUUAUGUAUAACAGUUGGAGCUUUUUGGUGAAAGGCUUUCUGAAAGACAAGGAGACAGAACUUCCAGUUGUCACAAAUGUAAAAUUCGCACUAUAACGUUGUCCUUUCACAACUCGAUAUUAUAGUCCUAUAUAGUAAAUGGUGCACAAAGGUGAAGAUUUAUGGAAUAACAGGCAAAACCAAAUGGUUACUAGUAAUUCCUGCCCAGGUGUAUACAUUUGUACAAGUAGGUGUGGCAUGCAUACCAAAUUAAGAACUAAACUGUAGGACAUAAUGUGUGUGCUGUAUGCAGAUAUUAUAUAAAUAAAGAUUUAUACUAGGCUAGCUAUAUUCAUAUUUACAGUACUAUAGUAUUUUUUUUGUGUGAGGACAUCAAAAGACAUGAAGCUGCACCUUAAAGUGUAUCAUUUUUCUGACAGAGCUGCUAAAAUGAACAUGAGGCAUGAGUAAUAGGGACCUGCAUGUUUCUCAAAUUAUUUAAUGUACUUAGACAUUCAUAAUUUUACUUAUAAAAGAACAUGCGUGGACCUUGUUUUCUGCUUUAUGUAUUUAAAAUUACUUUACCCUGCCAAAGUGCAGUAAAUGCCAGCUUUGCUAAAAUAACACUAAGGUGGUGAAUAACUAGCAAGUAACUGUUGCCUUGAGCAGCAUCCAAAAUACUAAUAUGCAUUUAUAAAGGAUGCUAAUAGUCUUGUUUGCCACACUAAAAAAGUGGAUCUCUGGGAAUGAUAAUUAAUCUGUGUUCUGAAAUUUAACUUGCUCAGUUGUAAUGACAACAUUUUCAUGUGUAUGCUACCAUCAAUAAAAAUAGCAUGCAUGCUGUGAGGUAGGUGUAAAAGGGUAGUGCAAGAAAGUAAGGUUUGUAAAGUGAGCUUUUAAGAUAAUAUUACUAUGCGUAGGGUUCACUAUCUUGGGUAGACCUUGCUGUAAGAUACUUGCUUUAAUAAGCAGUGAAGGUAUAUGGGAAUACCUUCAGUCACCCAUAACACAUGCCAGAGAGAAAUGUUACUAGCAACAGUUAGAUAUAACAUGUCUGUGCAUGUUAUUUAAUGGUUCAAUAUGAUUACUGAGAUACUUCAGUGCUAGUUUUACCCAUAAAUGAGUUCACCCUGAUCUCAAAGAUUGUCGUCUCUGUGCCCAGAAAAUCAUACUGACUAGUCUUGUUCACUGUUUGCCUGCCAGUGAAGUGAUCUUACUGGGUUUCUGAGUGGACUAAUGGGAGAACUGGGACUGGAGUGCCAUUGCUGAGAUGUAUUGUUCAUGUUUUUUCAAUGAGUAAGUCUGAUCAUUCCCAAUAUCUUGGGGGUAGGGGGGAUUGACCUUGAAUGAUAGGCUAUGAUCUUCCAUAGUCAACUGUGGUGUUGUUGUUAUUAGUAUUAUUAUUUAUAAUAGGCAGUGCAAUUUAAAAUAAAAGUAGGCCUUUUGAUUAGUCAUGGGAAAAGAAUAGUCCCAGGUAAUGCAAUAGAAGACUUCACAAUUAAUCAUGUCCAUCUUCAGAGAUUUGUACUUGUUUUUGAUUAAAUACUUGGGUGGGGGUGGGUGUACUAGUGUAUUGAUUGAUCUAGAUACAGUAAAUGGGAUUGAGUUGUAUGUUUAAUGAUCAUUUUCUGUGGUGCUGAAGUGCCUUUUCAUUUGUACUGCCUUAUACUGUAGGUGAAUUAAUGCUACACUUGCCUUAUGAUGUGAUUUUGUUGACCUUGCUGCUUCUCACCACUGAUUAAUAAAUAUCUAUAUCCAUGAA